AUGGACGCCAAGCCGAAGGUGGCCACUGACGGUGGUGAUGUCAAGAAGUUGAAGGAUCUGCUGAACCAGGAGGAUGCCAUGGCGAUGGUUGUGGUGACGGCGACGAACAAGAAGCCUCCCGGGGAGGACCAACCCCCUGCCGGUAACAUUAUCAACCCCCUACUUCUGGCAUCUGCGCGUGGGGGCUCCUGGGAAGCGCUGAAUCUCCUUCUGGAGAGGGAAGACGCAAAAAAGCCACAAAUGAUGGUUCCUACUCGCAAGUUUCUUCAGUUGAUAGCGAGAAGCAGCAGCGCCCAGGGAAGAAUCCCGGUGUCAGCUGCUGGUGAUGUAGAAGAGGGCGUCGACGACCAGCCUGUAUCUUCGGUUGCAGCUGGAGCACUCCUCAAGGGCCUCACCCCUCAAGGGGAUACUGCACUGCAUGUGGUCGCCAAUGGAGGGGGCCGAAAUUUCUUGAAGUAUGCGGGCAUCAUCUGCAACAGGGACAAGAGAAUCCUGUUUUCCAGGAAUCACAAUGGCGACACACCGUUACAUCGUGCUGCUAGAGCUGGGCGACCCAAAAUGGUUUCUUGUCUCAUUCAUCUAGCUACUCCUGAAGGUGCCGACACGAAGCUCAGGCUUUUGAGAAUGGAAAAUAACCGUCACGAGACGGCCCUGCACCAGGCUGUCCGUUUUCAGUACGGUAGAGGUCUGCGUUAUGAGGAGAAGGAAGCAUUUAUUGGUGCUGCUGACCCCGCCAGAGAAGAAAAGAAUAAGGAAGAUGCUGCCGGUGUAAAGGAAGAAAAGAACAUAGUCAAGCUCCUAAUGGGUGCUGAUUCCGAAUUGGCUAAUUAUCCUGCAGACGGCGUUUCACCCUUGUACCAAGCCAUCUUGCUGGGGAAGAGUACCAUUGCACUGAUUCUAUAUCAUAUGAGUCGUGGCAAUCUCUCCUAUUCCGGAGCAGAUGGACAAAAUGCCUUGCAUGUUGCGGUUCUUCAGGACCCAGUGAUGGUAGAGUUCCUAGUGCAUUGGAACAGAAGCCUUACUACACAAGUGGACAAAGAUGGGAGCACGCCGCUUCACUUUGCUUCAUCGGUGUACUUCCGGACUGGCUCGGAUCUGCGUUUUAUGUUCCUCCGCACUCUCCCUUGGUGUCGUUUUGUGUGGAUUCCCUGGGGAUACAAGAUACACGAUGUAGUAUUCAAUGCGAACCCCGCCGCAUUGUACCAAGCUGACAAGGACGGAUAUUUUCCCAUACAUGUGGCUGCCUCUGUAGGUCUCAAAGAUGUCGUGCAAUUCUUCUAUAAUGAUUACCCAGAUAGUGCCGGAUUGUGUGACGCUAAAGGAAGGACGUUCCUUCAUGUUGCCGUCGACAAGGAAAAUCUGCACAUAGUCUUGUAUGUAUGUCGAACUCCAUCUUUAGCUUGGAUUGUGAAUAUGCAAGACAAUGAUGGGAACACUGCAUUGCACUUGGCUAUCGAGGCUCGGAAUUUUAAGAUGUUUUGUGCUCUAUUUGGGUCUCCGUGGGUGGAUCUGAAUCUGAUAAAUAACCAAGGGGAAACUCUCCGUGAUCUAGCCGGAAGUAAGGUUCCACACGGAAUUAUAUAG